UCUCACUCAAAUUAAACAAACCCCAAACAAUAAUUAAAUACAUAUACUCUUCUCCAUACUAAUCCAAAUUCUCUCACUCUUUCUCUUUUGCUAAUUAAGUCUAUCCAUAUAUAUAAUUAACUACAUAAAAAAAUGGAUGUUCACAUGGGAGAUCAGUUAUAUGGAUCAGUAAUUACAAGUAUUGAUCAUGAUCAUGAUCAAUUACAUAGUAGUGAAGAAGAUCAUCAUCGUCAAUUGGAUUUAAGGAAAGGUCCAUGGACAGUUGAGGAAGAUAACAUGCUUUUCAAUUAUGUCUCCAUCCAUGGCGAAGGUCGCUGGAACUCCCUUGCCCGCCAUGCAGGUCUAAAAAGAACUGGUAAGAGCUGUAGAUUGAGAUGGUUAAACUACUUGCGACCAAGUGUUCGAAGAGGAAAUAUUACCCUUCAAGAACAACUUCUUAUUCUUGAACUUCAUUCUCGUUGGGGUAACAGGUGGUCCAAAAUAGCCCAAUAUCUUCCUGGAAGGACGGACAAUGAGAUCAAGAACUAUUGGCGAACCAGAGUGCAAAAGCAAGCUAAGCAACUCAAAUGUGACGUCAACAGUAAGCAAUUCCAAGACGCCAUGCGUUAUGUUUGGAUUCCCCGUUUAGUUGAGCGGAUUCAAUCGGGUCGAUCCGACCCAUCUCCAGCCGGUCUGCCCGUUUCCACUGGAUCUAACACCCAAGUCUAUGACUGGGCCAACCCGAAACCAAUGCCCGACAUGUCUGGGUCUUCAUCAGAUACGUCAGAGGCACAACUCUCCUCGGUUUCGGAUCUUACCGAAUGCGGCCAACCGAUGGGAACAGGGUCGGGUGGGUCAUUCCAAUAUGGGCCGGAUAUCCAAGUAAAUGCACAAAACGAGACUUGGUUAAGUGGUGGGGACUCAUCAUUAGAGAAUUGGUGGAGCGAGGAGGAUCUACAGUUUCUGGAGACUGCUUUGCUAUGACUUUAUUAUUAAGUUAAAAUUAUGUCCAAUAAUAGUAACAAACACAACAUCACAAGAAUUUUCUUACGUGACGCAUUUGAGAUUCCAUGACACACACAAUUUAAAUAUUUAUAUAUAGGUAAUAGCUGAUAGGGAGAGGGAAAAAUCAAGAACAUAUACACUAAACUCUUUUUUUUUUUUUUUUUUUUUGCUUAGGGGUAUUUAUCUGCCAAAAAUGUUGGCCAUAACUUUACUUUGUUCAAUUGGUUUUUUUUUUUUUUUUUUUUUUUUUUUUUUUUAAUUUCAGUAUUAAUUUAAUUAGCUUUCUUGUGGAAUUGAUAUUCGUCUUCCUUGUACGUAAUUAAAUAAUAAAUACAGAGAGAGAUCAAGAGAUCAUUAUGAAGCCUAGCAUGAUGACUAAUAAUAUUAUCUUAUAUUUUUUUUUAUCAUAAUUAAAGAUCGAUAUUAUUGUUAUUGGUUCA